GCCAUCCCCAAGCCCUCUAGCUGCCCAAGUCUACAAGUCCCGAACCAACCGCUCCCGGCAGGGCCUGGGCGUGGCUUGGUGUCCCUGAGAGCACCACUUAUUACGGGGAAAAGCUGGACCAGACCCUGAGCCGCCUGCAGUUGCUCAGUUGGGUACUCCUGGAAGCUGCCCCAUGGAGCGCUCCCCUGAAGAGGGCCCGGGUCCCUCAGGGCAGCCCCCUGCCGCCGACAACACGAAGGACGGGGACUCAGGGGUCCCACCUGCUGGCCCAGGUGCGGCGAGCGAGGCCCUGGCGGUGCUGACUUCUUUCGGGCGGCGCUUGUUGGUGCUCGUGCCCGUGUACCUGGCAGGGGCGGCGGGUCUUAGCGUGGGUUUCGUGCUUUUCGGCCUCGCCCUCUACCUGGGCUGGCGCCGGGUCCGCGACGGGAAAGAACGGAGCCUGAGGGCGGCGAGGCUGCUGCUGGAUGAUGAGGAGCGGAUCACGGCAAAAACGCUUUACAUGAGCCACCGGGAACUACCCGCCUGGGUCAGCUUCCCAGAUGUGGAAAAGGCCGAAUGGCUGAACAAGAUUGUUGCCCAGGUGUGGCCCUUCCUAGGCCAGUACAUGGAGAAGCUUCUGGCUGAAACAGUGGCCCCAGCUGUGCGGGGAGCUAACCCCCAUCUGCAAACAUUCACAUUUACUCGAGUGGAGCUGGGUGAAAAGCCAGUAAGAAUCAUCGGAGUCAAGGUUCACCCUAGUCAGAGAAAAGAUCAAAUUCUAUUGGACUUGAAUGUCAGCUAUGUAGGUGACCUGCAGAUUGAUGUGGAAGUGAAGAAAUAUUUCUGCAAAGCAGGAGUCAAGGGCAUGCAGCUGCAUGGCGUCUUGCGGGUGAUUCUCGAGCCACUCACAGGGGACCUUCCUAUCGUGGGGGCUGUAUCGAUGUUCUUCAUCAAACGCCCGACACUUGACAUCAACUGGACAGGGAUGACCAACCUGCUGGAUAUCCCGGGACUCAGCUCUCUCUCUGAUACCAUGAUCAUGGAUUCUAUCGCUGCCUUCCUCGUCUUGCCCAACCGACUCCUGGUGCCUCUUGUGCCUGACCUUCAAGAUGUGGCCCAGCUGCGUUCCCCACUACCCAGGGGCAUUAUUCGGAUUCACCUUCUGGCAGCCCGAGGUCUGAGCUCCAAGGAUAAGUAUGUGAAAGGCCUGAUCGAGGGCAAGUCGGACCCCUACGCACUUGUCCGCGUGGGCACCCAGACGUUCUGCAGCCGCGUCAUAGAUGAGGAGCUGAGCCCGUACUGGGGAGAGACUUAUGAGGUCAUCGUACACGAGGUCCCAGGACAGGAGAUCGAGGUGGAGGUGUUUGACAAAGAUCCAGAUAAAGAUGAUUUUCUAGGAAGAAUGAAGCUGGACGUAGGGAAGGUUUUACAGGCUGGAGUCCUAGAUGAUUGGUACCCUCUACAAGGCGGGCAAGGCCAAGUGCACUUGAGGCUAGAAUGGCUAUCACUUUUGCCAGAUGCAGAAAAACUCGAUCAGGUUCUGCAGUGGAAUCGGGGCAUCACUUCUCGACCAGACCCCCCAUCAGCGGCCAUCCUGGUUGUCUACUUGGACCGGGCCCAGGAUCUUCCUCUGAAAAAGGGGAACAAGGAACCGAACCCUAUGGUGCAGCUGUCAGUUCAGGAUGUGACCCAGGAGAGCAAGGCUGCCUACAGCACCAACUGCCCAGUGUGGGAACAGGCUUUCCGCUUUUUCCUGCAAGACCCUAGAAGUCAGGAGCUUGAUGUGCAGGUGAAGGAUGACUCCAGGGCGCUGACUUUAGGGGCACUGACUCUCCCUCUGGCUCGCCUGCUGACUGCCUCUGAGCUCACCCUGGACCAGUGGUUCCAGCUCAGCAGCUCAGGCCCAAACUCCAGGCUCUACAUGAAGCUGGUCAUGAGGAUCUUAUACUUAGAUUCAUCGGAAAUCUGCUUCCCCACUGCGCCUGGUGCCCAGGACCCGGACAGUGAGUGCCCCCAGACAGGCAGCAGUGUGGAUGCCCCACCUCGGCCCUACCACACAACCCCUAACAGCCACUUUGGGACUGAGAAUGUUCUUCGGAUCCAUGUGUUAGAGGCUCAGGACCUAAUUGCCAAAGACCGUUUCUUGGGGGGAUUGGUGAAGGGCAAAUCAGACCCCUACGUCAAACUGAAGGUGUCAGGACGGAGCUUCCGGACCCAUGUUGUCCGGGAAGAUCUCAACCCCCGAUGGCAUGAAGUUUUUGAGGUGAUUGUCACAUCAAUCCCAGGCCAGGAGCUUGAGAUUGAGGUCUUUGAUAAGGACUUGGACAAGGAUGACUUUUUGGGCAGGUAUAAAAUGAGUCUCACCACAGUCCUCAACAGCGGCUUCCUCGAUGAGUGGCUGCACCUGGAGGACGUCCCAUCUGGCCGCCUGCACCUGCGCCUGGAGCGGCUGACUCCUAGACCUACCGCGGCUGAGUUAGAGGAGGUGCUGCAGGUGAACAGCCUGAUCCAGACGCAGAAGAGCUCGGAGCUGGCCGCAGCCUUGCUGUCGGUUUACCUGGAGCGGGGGGACGAUCUGCCGCUACGAAAAGGCACCAAGCCUCCCAGUCCCUAUGUUACUCUCACUGUGGGAGAGACUUCCCACAAAACCAAGACUGCGUCCCAGACGGCAGCCCCUGUCUGGGAGGAGACCGCCAGCUUUCUCAUCAGGAAGCCACAUGUGGAGAGCCUGGAGCUGCAGGUUCGGGGUGAAGGGACCGGCACCCUGGGCUCCAUAUCCCUGCCUCUCUCGGAACUCCUCCAGGCUGAACAGCUCUGCUUGGACCGCUGGUUUGCACUCAGCAAUGGGCAGGGCCAGGUGCUAAUGAGAGCACAGCUAGGGAUCCUGGUGUCCCAGCACUCAGGAGUGGAAGCCCACAGCCACAGUUACAGCCACAGCUCCUCUUCCCUCAAUGAAGACCCCGAGGCCUUAGGGGGGCCUAGUCACAUCCCCUCCCCAGUCCUGGAGGUCAGGCAUCGCCUAACACAUGGUGACAGUCCUUCUGAGGCGCCUGGGCCUCUGGGCCAGGUGAGGCUGACAGUAUGGUAUCACAGUGACGAACAGAAGCUGGUCAGCAUUAUUCACAGCUGCCGGGCCCUUCGACAAAACGGACGAGAUCUCCCGGACCCCUAUGUGUCACUGCUGCUGCUGCCAGACAAGAGCCGCAGCACCAAGAGGAAGACCUCCCAGAAGAAGAGGACGCUCAACCCUGAGUUCAAUGAGCGGUUCGAGUGGGAGCUGCCCCUGGAUGGGUCUCUCAGGCGGAAGCUCGAUGUUUCUGUGAAGUCAAACUCCUCCUUCAUGUCAAGAGAGCGCGAGAUCCUGGGAAAGGUGCAGCUGGAUCUAGCUGAGAUAGACCUUUCCCAGGGUGCAGCCCAGUGGUAUGACCUGAUGGAUGACAAAGAUAAAGGCAGCUCCUAGGAGCUGGGUGAUGGCAGUCUGACAUCGCUGUGUCUUCUUGCCUUGCCUCUUGCCUCAGUGUGAUGAGCCUACAGCUCAGGCUCCAGGGCUGGGCUGGAGCCUUUUGCCUUCUGGGCCCAUAUGAAGGGUCUUUGCCUGACCAAAGAGGAUUCAUUUCCCUUAAUGCACGGCCUUUAUGCUUUGGGCUCCAAGGGCAGGGACCUGACAUGGACCUGUUCUGCCUGCACCGCGAUCUCUCUCCACCUCCUCAGGGCCUCUCGCACCUGUGCCUGGCCGCUGGCAGCACUAGCAGUGGCAUUAGCUCAUGCCAAAUACAGCUUUUGGAAAGCUUUUGUUUGUCUUA